GCGAUUUCCCUGUUAGCCCGUGUAGCCCCCUCAGUACUUGGCACAUACAGUCCGCUUGUGCGCUGUGCCCAGUGAGUGGCCCGAAUGGCUGCAGGGGCGGGGCUUCCCUUGGCUUUCCCUAAGGGGGCAAUGUGCCUCCUGCGCUCCGGCAGCUGGAAAUGAGCGCACAGAGAGCUCCGGAUUUCUUACUACUGGUGCAGCUCCCGGUCCCCAGCAGCAGACAUGAGCCUCAUCCAUUCGUGCUGCCUUGCCCUCUUGCUGUUCCUGGGUGUGGAUGCGAGAGAGAAGCGUCAGUCAGCAGCUGUCACAGCCCGAAGAAAUGAAGUUGAUAGCCAAGCCGCCUUCCUUAGGAGUGCGUGCCAUAACAAGCCGCUGGAUCUUGUGUUCAUCAUUGAUAGCUCUCGCAGCGUACGGCCCCCUGACUUUGAGAAGGUGAAGGAAUUUCUUAUCACCAUGUUGAAGUUUCUAGACAUUGGCCCAGAUACCACGAGGGUCGGACUCCUGCAGUACGGCAGCACUGUGAAAAACGAGUUUUCUCUGAAGACGUACAAGAAAAAAAUGGACAUUGAAAGAGCAGUGAAAAGAAUGAUGCAUUUGGCCACCGGCACCAUGACUGGACUGGCUAUCCAGUAUGCCAUGAACAUUGCCUUCUCUGAAUCUGAAGGGGCACGGCCCUUAAACCAACACGUGCCAAGAAUCGCCAUGAUUGUAACAGAUGGGCGGCCACAGGAUCCAGUAGCGGAAAUUGCAGCGAAGGCGAGGAACUCUGGCAUUCUUAUCUUUGCCGUUGGGGUUGGCCGAGUCGACAUGAGCACUUUAAAAACCAUUGGAAGUGAGCCCCACACCGAGCACGUGUUUUUGGUGGCAAAUUUUAGCCAAAUCGAAACACUGACAACAGUUUUCCAGAACAAACUAUGUGCUCCACAUCUCUGUAGCACAGCCAGACAUGGUUGUGAUCACUUUUGUAUCAAUACGCCAGGCUCCUACCUUUGUAAAUGCAAGCAAGGCUACGUUCUGAAUCCCGAUGAGAAGACGUGCAGCACCCAGGACCUGUGUGCCACCGAGAAACAUGGCUGUGAGCAAAUCUGUGUCAAUACCCCAGGAUCAUAUUUGUGCCAGUGCUAUGAAGCCUAUAAAUUGGCUGCUGAUGGAAAAUCCUGUACUGUUACAGACUAUUGUGCCGUGGGUAAUCAUGGCUGCCAACACCAAUGCAUUAAUGUUAAUGACACCUACGUCUGCCAGUGCCACCCGGGGUUUAUUCUCAACCAAGAUAAGAAAACCUGCAGGAGACCAGACUACUGCGCUAUGUCCAACCAUGGCUGUCAGCACGAGUGCGUGAAUAAUGAUAACUCCUUUGUCUGUAAAUGCCGCAAUGGAUUUUCUCUUAACCCCGACAAGAAAACUUGCCGAAAAAUCAACCACUGUGCUUUGGGCAGGAACGGAUGCCAGCACGAAUGCGUGAACACUGACAACUCCUUCUUAUGUAGAUGCCACAAAGGUUACGCAUUGAACCAGGACGGAAAAACCUGCAGAAAGGUGGACCGCUGUGCUGAGACCAACCAUGGGUGCCAGCAUAUUUGCAUGAAUACAGAUGACUCCUUCACCUGUCGCUGCUAUGAAGGGUUCCUCCUAACUGAAGACCUAAAAACCUGCAGGGCUGUGGACCACUGUGCUUUGAGCAACCAUGACUGUGAGCACUUGUGUGUAAAUACUGAAGGCUCCUACACUUGCCAUUGCUUUGAAGGCUAUGACCUCCGUGAUGAUAAAAAGACAUGUAGAAGUCGAGAUAUUUGCAAGUCCCUUGACCAUGGCUGUGAGCAUAUCUGUGUGAGCAGUGACGAUUCCUACCUCUGCAAAUGCUUUGAAGGAUACACCUUGGGAGAAGAUGGAAAAAGCUGCAAAAGUGAAAGAAAAUGCGGGGAAGGGCCAGUCGACCUGGUAUUUGUCAUUGAUGGGUCUAAAAGCCUCGGAGAGAACAACUUUGAGAUUGUAAAGCAGUUUGUCAAUGGGAUUUUAGAUUCCCUUGAAAUCUCCCAGAAAGCAGCCCAUGUAGGACUGAUUCAGUAUUCCACUCACAUCCGCACGGAGUUUACAAUGGCGCAAUACAGUUCAGCCAAAGACGUGAAAAAGGCCGUGUCUCAGAUAAAAUACAUGGGCAGAGGCUCCAUGACUGGACUGGCCUUGAAGUUAAUGCACGAGAAAAGCUUUUCAGAAGUGCAGGGUGCAAGGCCGCGGGCCAUGGGUGUCCCCAGAGUGGCGAUCGUGUUCACAGAUGGACGAGCUCAGGAUGAAGUAUCCGAGUAUGCUAAAAAAGCCAAACAAAGCGGCAUUACCAUCUAUGCUAUUGGAGUAGGGAAGGCAAUAGAUGAAGAACUACAAGAGAUUGCUUCUGCGCCCCAGGAGAAGCACGUGAUCUACGCAGAAGACUUCAGUGCAAUGGGGUACAUAACAGAGAAGCUGAAAUCCAGCAUUUGUGAAGAACUUUCUUCUGAGCUCAAGAGCGGGAGCAGUGAAGUGACAGUGUCGUGUUCUAUGUCCACCAUAAAGCUGACUACCCAAGCGGAAGAGAAAGCCACAGAGGAUCAGUGCAAGUGUAAGAAUAUCUUGGACUUUCAAAACAGCGCCACGGAAGAAGUCAAGAGGCUAACGCAACAAUUAGAUGCAGUAACACGGCGACUGGAACAACUGGAGAAACGCGUGGGUCAGAAAUAGGAAGGUGUUGGUUAAACCGUAAGAGCAUCUGAGCAGAACCAAAGUUACACGAUGGAAGCAGCGGAACAGAGCUGCACAGUUCAGCACAACUCCCCCAGACUGGAUCAGAGUUUUAUAGCACACAGCAAAUCAUAUUCUAUUUAUGUACAGAUGGGAUUGCAUGUCGGAAUCCAGAAAACUAGAACUAUGGAAUAUUUGGCGCCGCUUAAUUUAUGGAACAGAGAAUUCAUUUGGAAGAGUAAUGAGGAAGAAACAGUUUUGUGGGCCAAAGUCUAUUUUGUAAAUCCAAGAUAUUUUUUAGCUUUUCUCUCGUGGUUUUAUAAAAUAUGAAUAAAUUGUCAAGUAUUUUUAAAAAA